AUCGCCAUAUUGAAUUUUGUUGUGCUUCGGUAGAAAACAUUGUGAGCACGUGGAUUGUUGGAUUUUUAUUAUUGAGCGAAAUUCAUAAGUAAACUUUAUAUUUUGGCUUAUUUUAGAAGUGAUUUUAUUUUUCUUUUCUUAAAAUUUGAAACAUCAGUUCUUAUAUACCAAAUUCAUUAGUAAAAGUGGCUUAUUACAAUGGCACCUUCUCGUCAAUUGCUCAUGUGGUCAGUACCUUCAAUAGCAGUCUUGUUAGGAAUUUUUUGGUUCAAGAAAAAGAGAGAAUAUGCAAAAUCUGACCCAGGUGGAAGAGAAAGAAUAAAAAGUUUGCAAGAAGAACUAGCUGAAGCUUUAAAUGCUGAGGCAGAGUUAAGAAAGUCAUCACCCUUAGGAAAGGCUGAUCGUUCUAUUAUUAAAUCAGCACCCAUUGACAUCAUUCCUAACGGUUGUGGCUCACAGAGAUCAUCUCCUAUAGAAUUGACAGACGAAGAGGUGGACUUGGAAAUUGAAAAGAUAAUUAGGAAGAAAUCUAUAGAGAAGGAAAAGAAAAUGUCCUUAGGUAUAGAUAAUUAUAUGGAGUCUGUGAAAAUCAAAGAAAAUGCUUGCGCUUCACAGAAAACUGAAUAUGAUUUAAACUCAUCUUUCAGAGCAGAAAUGAUUUGCAAUAUGAAUGCAAAUGCCAACAUGCGUUCUGCAAAAGUAAAUGAGGAAAGUGGAAUUGCUGUUGCUGUUGACAAUUCAUCUGAUGACAGUUUAUCACAGACAGAAACACAGUCAGAUAGUACAAAAGUUGAUGCUAUUGCAUCUCAAAGUAAACUGACUGAAAAUACUUCAUCUGAAAAUGUUUCAGAGGACAUAAAUGAUAGUAAUAAUGAGACUGUUGAAUCUAGAAAUAUUGAAGAGCCUGUGGAAGGUCAAAAUAGAUACUCAACUUCACAAGCUAGGAGAAUUUCAGAACGGGAUUCAGCUAACCACAGUCCUGUUGAUCCCAUGAUGGCUAGUCCAUCCAUGUGUCACUUCUCAGAUGACCAUAGUGAGGGUUCUAGUGAUAGUGGUAAAGGAUGUUCAGAGGCUGCAAGUCCACCACCUACAAAUAUGAACAUUGUUGCCUCUGAGGCAGGCCUUAGAAUACAUCAAUUUUUAAUACCACAGACCCUGGUUGGUCUGUUAAUAGGCAAAUCUGGUUCAUUUGUAUCAUGCAUCAAAGCUAAGACUGGUGCAACUGUUUAUGUUAGAAGACAUCCAGAGGUGUCAAAACAAAAGAUUUGUGCAAUUGAAGGAACUCAAAGUGAAAUUGAGGCAGCUUUAGAAAUGAUAAAAGAGAAAUUCCCUGAGAAGAGGUUCCCCAACUUUACAACAAAGGAAAUAAGUGCAGAGUUAUAUCAACGAUUGGCGCCUUUAGUGCCUGAAUACCUUCAAUUACAGUUAGUGGAGUCGGUGAACAACGACACGAUAAUGACGUGCCUCGUGAGCGCGGGCCACUUCUUCCUGCAGCAGCCGCUCCACCCGACUUUCCCCUCGCUGCACGCGCUACACCGCCUCAUGGCCGCCACAUACCAAAAUCCGGAUGUGCCGUCACUGCCGCGCCCGGUGAAAGAAGGUUCAAUUUGCGCGGCGCCCACUGAGAACAACUGGUAUCGCGCCCAAGUGAUCUCCACAUCGGAAGACAACGACACAUCAGUCGUGAAGCUCGUAGACUUCGGCGGGUACCUCACCGUCGACAACGACCAGCUGAAGCAGAUCCGCUCGGACUUCAUGACACUGCCCUUCCAGGCCACGGAGGCUCUUCUAGCGUUCGUUAAACCAGCCAAUAAUGAGCCAGACUGGAGCAGCGAGGCUCUCCGUAUAAUGGCUGGCUUGACAGCGGGACAACUGUUGCACGCGCAGGUCGCUGGCUAUGAUGAGACUGGACUACCCCUAGUACACUUAUAUCUAACCCUUAACCCACAGCAAGUGAUAUUCCUGAACCGCGAGCUGGUGGAGCGCGGGCUGGCGGAGUGGGAGGUGCCGCCCGACUCGUGAGCCCCUCACACGCUCACUCGUAAUACGAGAUUGCAUUUCUUGCUCACACUCCCCACACUACACUGUGAGACAAGACGAGUUUGACGUGUGGAUACUCCAUUGUGUGCACUUUCCGUUUGACAAACUUUGAAACUCGGUUGUGACUGACAGAUUGCAGAGUUGACUCGUUCCCCAGUCUAUGUUGGUUGUUAAAUGUUUUUUAUCGGAUGAAUAAUGGAGUCAUGCGCCAAAUGAGCCUUGUCGCCCUGUCCGUUGACGACUACACAAAAGCUGUCUUGUAUUACCGGUGACGUACUUAAGUCUCCUGACGUUCCUCGCUGUAUUGGCACUCAUAGUUAUUAAAGAAAUUUAACGUUACAUUCAGUGGUUUACACUCAUGUUUGAAAUAAACAUAAUAUUAUAUUACAUCUUCCUUUACGUUUUAUGCGUGGACUUGUUUGGUACAACAUGUUAAAGUAUCACCAUGGAUAGUGUUAUCCAAUAUCUUACCAUUAAUAUGAAUGUUACUUUGACAUUUCUUUACUGAAGCUCCCACAACUUUAACACAUUACGAUAUACGUUACGCUUACGGAUAACCUACAAUUUUUAACAAGAUACAAAUUGUCGCGUAGUUGUUAAGAAUUUGAAUUAUUUGGCGCUCGCAUAAGAUUCAUUUUAAUACAACCUAUAUUUAAAAUAUUUAGUAGAGUACCUAUACUUAUAGUUGGUCAGGAUGCUCAUUAUAAUGCGUAUAAUAGCACUGCCUUCUGCAUUUUACUGUUUAAUUCUUCUAUUCUGUACUAAAACGCAAUAGUGUACUCGAAGCUCUUAUACCAAUGCAAUAACUGGUUACUAGUAAGUGUUAAAGGUACAUAAAUUACGUCACAGUUUAGUGACCAUGUGUUUUUAUUAGAAAACAUGCAAUUUUUCAAAAUGUGGAUCAUCUGUAGAUUGAAUUUGGUAAUAAUAUGUAAAUAAAAUAAGUUGACCCACAAAUUCAUGAGAUGAUUUUAGCUGUUGGUAUGUCAUUAAUUUUAGUAUAAUAUGAUCCAAAAAUCGUUUAUCUUCCAAUGCAUAGGAAUUGCAUAUUUUCCAAUAAAAUCCCUAGUUAUGUAUAAUACAGUAGGCGCUUUUUGCCUUGUAAGUCGUGCCUUACAGUGUAAUAAUUUAUCUUCCGAUGUUUCUAGAACAAAACAUUAAUGUAUUACCAAGUUAAAGUUAACCAUGCAAGUUAUAUUACGUAGAACAUAAAUGGUGUUAUCAUUGUUCAUUUUAGAAGAUAUUUGUAAUAUUUUGCUGUGAGUUAAUUGGGCGUAAGAUAGAAAUAUUUUUUACAGUUGUGUAUGCUUAAAUAACUAUGUAAAUUGUAUAAAUUGUUGUAGAAUACAUACACGUGUAAAUUAAGAGAGUACAAUAUAACGUUGUGUGGUUGCUUUGUGUGAUUAUGAUCAUAUUCUUUUAUAUUUACAAUAUCAUAUCUUUUUCAGUGUCAUUUAGUUUUCUGAUAGUGAUUUAAAAUUGUCAUCUUACAUAUUUCUAUAUAACUGUAACUUAACAUUGUUUCAUUUAUUUUUCGAUUUCAUUUCAAAAGAAACUUAUAUUUCAAAUAAAUAUUACAAGUAUAUGUUCAUAGAAUACGUCCGUAACGAUGUGUGCGUUUUAAGAGGAUUUGAUGAUAAAUCUUGAAUUUAUAAUGAGCAUGAUGUCCUGACUAGAUUUAAAAAUGUACAUAAUAGAAAAUUUAAGUAUGUAGUUACGAUUUAAAGCAAUUUGAUAUUUGUGUUCUUAAUAUUAAUUCAGUAUUUGUGUUGAUAAAUAGGUGUUUGUUUUAGUGAUUUGAUUUCCGUAUGCGUCUUGAGUAGUUUAAAGUACCUAUUGUUAACUUAGGUGACACAUUAGUAGUUACAAUGUCGGAUAAUACUUAUUAGAUAUUAUGUAUCGACAAACUAUGAUAAUGCGUCUUAAUAAAAGAUCGACUUUAUUCCACUUCCAGAGAACACUAAUUAUUAGCAGACGUUGGAGUGUGAAUCGGUUGAUGCGCGUAGCUGGCUAUCUGUUUGCAUUUUGUUGACGUCCUUUGUGUAUAUAAACUAAUAUAUUUGCGGUUAAAUCAAUAAAUUAUCGUUUUAAAAAUUA